CAAUGUACAUCUGUUUGUAUGUGACUCACUGUUUCAUUUAGUGUACAUGUGUGUGUGUGGGUGUAUGUGUGUGUACAAAUGCUUGUAUGUGUUCUGCGUGAGUGUGAGGGUGUACUCUAUUUGUAUGUCUACUUGAACGCAAUAGUUGUAUGUUAAGUACAUAAUCCUUGCUUUGUUCAAUAGUAGGACAACAGAUAAAGUAGAAGUCACAUACUGGAAAAGUCAUUUCAUCAGGUUCGUAACUCCGUGCAAUUGAAAGGAAGUUAUACUUGGAUUUUUUUUACUGGGAUAGGCUCUAGGACUGACUUAAUCACUAGCAGCUCUGAACUUGUGGCGGACUAGACGACCUAGCAAUAAUAUAAUGUGAAUUUCUUUGAAAACAGUGGAAUAUAAAGUGUCUUCUUGUAUAUACAGUUAAUACAGAAAACUCGUGGGUUUCCAAAAAGCAAAAGACUGAGAGGUAUGCUUCUCGGACGAUGGAGGAAGCCAGAGCUCAUCGAUACUCCAUGAAGAAUCCCAAAAAAGGGAUCGUUCUCAUCUUUAAUAACACACAUUUCCACUCUUCGAGUCUUCCAACGAGGCACGGCUCUGAUGCUGACGAGGAGAGCAUGCGCAAACUGUUCAGGGUCAUGAACUUCGAAGCAGACGACAUCCGUAUCAGACGUGACGUCAGUGUCAAUGAAAUGAAAAGAGAGUUAGCAGAAGUGUCCAGGCUUGACCACACCGACUACAACUGCCUUGUUUGCUUUAUUCUCUCACACGGUGAAGAUGGCUACGUCCAUGGGACAGACGGCAUAAUGGCUGUCACGGAUAUUACGAGUUUCUUUCAAGGAAACAGAUGUCCAACUUUGAACGGCAAGCCUAAGUUAUUCUUUGUUCAGGCUUGCAGAGGGACAAAGUUCGAUGAAGGUGUGGACUACGUCGACAGCUGUGUCCCAGAUCAGGUACAGGAAAACUUGGGUCUCGCCAUACCGCAAUAUGAACCCGAUUUCUUGAUUGCUUAUUCUUCGGUGCAAGGUUACUUUUCCUGGAGGAAUAACGCCAAGGGUUCUUACUUCAUUCAAGCCAUCCACGAGGUGUUCUCAAACAAUUGGGGUGAGUUCAACCUACAGAAACUGAUGACCGGGGUCAACUGGGUCAUGGCCACAAGGUUCGAGUCCAAGUCAUCUAACGAUUUCAUGAGAUACAAAAAACAGAUGCCAUGUUUUCUAUCUACAUUGACCAAAGAUUUAUAUUUUUGACAUUUCGUUUCGUCUUGUACAAUUUUAGAUUCGAUUUUUUUAAUAACCACCAGAAGUCUUCUUAGAAUUGAAUACGGUAAAGAUAAAAUGUUAUCCUGAAUUAAAAAUUAAUAUCAAGCCUGUAGUGAUGUAGCUGUGUGUUUAUUAGAGCUUUUGAUUGAACACAAAUAUUAGGGCCUACAUUUCGUUGUAUGGACAUAUCUGUGCCCAUGCUAAUUAAUGGACACCUAAAUUCGAUUUUUAAUUUCGGGAUCUUUGGUCGCCUUAUUGAGUCCACCCAGCUCUAAUGGGUACCUGACAUUUGUCGGGGAAAAGUAAAGGAGGUUGGUCAUUGUGCUGGCCACAUGACACCCUCGUUAACCGUAGGCCACAGAAUUUACAUCAUCUGCCCUAUAGACCACAAGGAAAACGUUAUAUCUCCGACACCUAAUCUUGUAUUAUGCUGAAAUUCGGGACAAUUAUUUCUUUUACCUGACAACAAAAGAACCAAUGAAAAAAAAAACAAUCAGUUAAUUAAUUAUUGGUAAUUAUUUUGUUUGGUAUCUUGAACAAGGGAAAGAAAUCGUACUUGAGAGAUGUUGUCGUAUAAGUUGAAUGAGUCCCCUUGAGGAAUCUUGAGCCUUGAGUGAACACUUUUUGUAUGCAAUUAAAAAGCGAUCAUGUAAACAUUCACUAUGUUCCCCUUCUUCCCUUCCCCCUUUCACAACUGAUCCAGCUCAUUGCGCAUUGAGAAAGUUAAAAGCUUAACAAAAACAAUUGGUAAAAAGUAUUUCUAAUCGCACAGAUGUAUUAAUGUCUAGGUCGGUCACCGGUCUGACUCUAAGACUGAUCUAAACUAAUUGAUACAAUUACACUUAAUAUAAGCUUUGUUUUUUUUUCAAAAGUAUUUUAAAAACAUGUUUUUCUUGUUUUGUUUUUUUUUACUUUGUACAUAUUGUGGUAAGAAUAUACCUGUGUACAUGCUAGUUUAUGGACACGUUAACUCGGCUAGAAUGUUAUGCGUUUGGGAUGAUCGCCUUCAUACUGCCGUCAUCCGUUGCCUUUGGGUUUUGACGUAAUAAUCUUCAAGUCUGAUACUUUCAAGUCAAGUCUUUAAGAGAAAUGAAGUCCCUAAGUCAUUGUGCUCUGGCUAAUCUUCUACGUUUCGUAGAACCGCAUUGGCUUUGUCCUAGUCGCCCACUAAUAUAUUACUGUGUUCAAAACAUAAUCAUUUUUACAAAUGGCCUGACUUAGACGCGCGUGCUGAAACAGUGUAGUGUAUGCACCUUUCGUAUUUUAUCAUGUCUAGAAAAGUGUGUAAUGUUCUUUGACUUAUUAUUAACAUGGAUAAAUAGACGUGGACAUGGCUUAGAUAUAGUUAGGCUUGUAACAGCUUUGACAAGCUAUAGGACGGGAUGAUGUUGCCAUGAUUAUAAAACACAUUGUACAUAUAAUUGACAAAAUUGUGUAAUUAAAUUGGUAAUUGAAAAAGA